AUGGCUAACGUGGAUCCUCUCGAGCUGGCCAAGGUCUUUGUCAAGACGGUCGCCCGCAUGUUCUACGAGACGGAGCACAUCGUCAUCGUCGACGCCCUUGUCUUCCAUGGCGCACUCACGACGGCGGAUCUGUGUCUCGUGCUGGACUGGGGCAAGAACUCGAAGGGAGUGGGCAAGUUCAUCGGGAAACUGAAGCAGGGCGGCCUGAUCUCGACCCACACGCGCCAGGAGAUGCGCGAAGGUGCGAUGAAAGCCAUUAGCCGCGACUAUUUCUACAUCGACUAUCGCCGGGCCAUCGAUGCUACCAAGUACAGACUCCAUAUGCUCGAUGAGCAGAUAAAGAAGGAUGCAGCGCCCACGCAGGAGAAGAAGGAACUUCAAUGCAAGCGGUGCAAAUCCCAGUGGACGCAUAUCGAAGUCAUGGAUUGCAUCGACCAUCUAGGCCGGGAAAGUGGUUUUCUCUGCAAGACCUGCGGCUUUCCCCUCGUCGAGAUCGAUAACGAAGGCGACGCGGACAGUGGAGACAUCCCUGCCAAAUUCAACAAGUUCUUUGGCCCUCUCCUCAAGCUUAUGCAGCAGGUCGAUGAAGUCGUCAUUCCCGCAGUGGAAGGGCAUGACGCUGUUGAAGGAGCGGUGGAGCUACCGCGGGACAAGGAGAUCAACCCGGUCGCAAAGCACGAGGUCGUACAGCCCAAGACGACUAAGCCGACAACCGUCAAAGGAAUGACUACUAUCGCGCCAGAGAAGAUCGAGGUGUCAAUAGCCACGGAUUCGGAGUACAACGAAGCUGCACGGGCCGCGGAGCAGGAGCGCCAGGCCAAGAUUGCAGCGCAGAACCUGCUUCCUGAGUGGCACACAAAGUCCACUGUCAUCACUGAUAAUGCCAACGGUCCUUCGAACAUCAAGACAGAAGUGAAUGGCACAGCCCUGCCGGUUAUCCGGGCAGAGACGGUCGACGAGAAGAAAUAUCAAGAAACAUCACUUGAUGAUGUAUUCGCACAGAUAGCGGCUGAGCAGCGGGAAAAUGAGGCAAAAGAGGCUGAAGAGUCAUCAUCAGGCGAAGAAGACGAAGAGGAUGAAGACGAGUUUGAAGACGUGGUUGCUACUACUUCUGUAGCACCGGAAGCCAAGCGUCUCAAGCUUGAGUCCUCGGCGGCACCCUCGCCGGCCGGCGGCAUAACACCAGCGGCUUCGACAGGCGAUGGCGGGGACGAAUCCGACGAAGACGAGUUCGUCGAUGUUUAAAUGAAUUCAGCAUAGCGAUGGCGUUUGGGAAGGUAUGGCGUUUGGACUUUGGUUAUCUUUGACUUCGGGAUGCGCAUGUUCGACGGCAACAGCGGAGAACAUUACAGUCUGGGUUACUGUCACGCACAGCCACUGCUCCAUCUCGACGAGAUUGAAAAUGCAUAGACUGGUGAGACUGGGGGCUCAGGAUGGUGCAACAAUCUAUGUUAGAAGGAGUUAUAUAUCCAGCUUUGAGAGAAUUCCAUAAAGAUAGACACAAUGUAAAUCCUCU